CAUGAAGGUGUUAGUCCUGUUCAGUGCUCUGGUGGCUUGUGCCUACUCCUACUCCUGUGGGAAGCCGGCGGUCCCCCCUACCGUGAGUCGUGUGGUAGGCGGGCAGGAGGCUACCCCCAACAGCUGGCCCUGGCAGAUCACCCUUCAGCACCAGAUGGGCGAUGUCUGGUUCCCCUCCUGUGGAGGAACCCUCAUCUCGCCUGAUUGGGUUCUCACUGCUGCCCACUGCAUCAACUGUGGAGGAACCCUCAUCUCGCCUGAUUGGGUCCUCACUGCUGCCCACUGCAUCAAGAAGGGCUACAACUACAGGGUGCAGCUGGGCAAACACCGCUUGAGUGUGGAGCAGGAGGAGGGGUCCAUGACCGUGCAGGUGGCCAAGAUCCACAUCCACAACAAAUAUGACGACCACUUCACCCGUAAUGACAUUGCCCUGCUCUGGUUGGACCACACCAUCGAGCUGUCUGAUGAGGUCCAGCCCGCCUGCCUGCCCCCCUCCGGCUUCAUCCUGCCCCACCAGGCUUCCUGCUACGUGACUGGCUGGGGACGCCUCUCCACCAAUGGCGACGGCUCUGACUCGCUGCAGCAGGCCCUGCUUCCUGUGGUGGAGUACGACAUCUGCAAGCAGCCUGAUUGGUGGAGCUUCCUCCUCACCGACAAGAUGGUGUGCGCCGGCGGAGAAGGCACCACUGGGUCCUGCAUGGGAGAUUCCGGUGGCCCCCUGAACUGCCAGAACUCUUACGGAAUCUGGGAGGUGCACGGAAUUGUGAGCUUUGGAGCUUCUUCCUGCAACCAGGUGCAGAGACCCUCCGUGUUCACCAGGGUCAGCGCGUACGUCUCCUGGAUCAACGCUAUUCUAAACCAGUACGGCUAAGAAGAAAGUUGGCCUCCACUGCCUGAAACUCCACCCAGUGCAGUAUACUCCCAUCUGGCAGUCUGUGUUGUUUUGUUGCGUCAGCAAGUGCCAAUAAAGUGCUAAUGUGAUCUA